AUGGUAACCAUAUCAGAUGAUACCGAAUUCUUGCUAUCAAGCCUCACCCUCGAUGAGAAACUCGCUCUGAUUGCCGGCGAAUCACAAUGGCGGACCGCUAGCAUCAAGCGUCUAGGCAUCCCAUCCCUGAAGAUGUCUGACGGGCCCUCUGGAGCGCGAGGAGAGAUAUUUGGGGAGGGCGUUCCAGCCGCUUUCCUACCAUCGGGUGUAAGCUUGGGAGCAACAUGGGACAAGGACAUCUUAUUUGAGAUUGCUCAAUUAUUGGGAGAAGAGUGCAAAUCCAAGUCCGCAUCGGUCCUGCUUGCUCCCACAAUCUGUAUCCAUCGACAUCCACUCGGUGGCCGGAAUUUCGAGUCAUUUGGUGAAGAUCCAUAUCUCACGGGGAAGCUGGCAACAGCCUACGUCCGAGGCCUUCAAUCUUGCGGCGUAGGUGCCACACCAAAACAUUUUGUUGCAAAUGACCAAGAGACAAAGCGGUUCAAAUACAAUGCUCACAUCACACCUCGUGCCUUGCGCGAGGUCUAUUUGUUGCCGUUUCAAAUGGUCGUCCGUGAUGCCGACCCUUGGUGUAUGAUGACAGCUUAUAACAAAGUGAACGAUCAUUACUGUGAUGCAUCCAAGGAGCUACUAAUUGACAUAGCCAGAGGUGAAUGGGGCUGGGAUGGAGUUUUCACAAGUGACUGGGGUGGGACUACCUCUACAGUCGCAUCUAUCAACAACGGGCUUGACCUGGAGAUGCCCGGACCGCCUAGCAGACGCUCUAAGGCCGCGCUCAAGAAGCCCCUCCGGGAAGGUUUGAUUAACUUGAACCGAGUAGAUGAGUCCGCGAGUCGUAUACUGCGACUGCUCAAGAAGGCAGGACGCUUUUUGGAUCCAAGAGACGAUCCCGAGCUGUGUGAAAACACAGCCGAGAAAAGGGCAUUGCUCUGCCGAGCCGCUAGCUCUGGUAUUGUGAUGCUGAAGAACGAGGCAAAUGCUUUACCGCUAAAAACAACCGAAGACCUAAAGAAAAUCGCUAUCCUUGGUCCCAACGCAGAGCGGGUGGUGGCUGGUGGUGGUGGGAGCUCAUACAUCAAAGCCCCCUACUGGACUUCUGUUCACGGCUCCGUCAAAGACGAGUUCUGCCAUACUACCGCCAGGAUUGUUUCUGCGACUGGGGCCAAAGUCAACCGCUAUCUUCCUGUCUGUGAGGUUGUGAGGAAUCCAGACACCGGGAGAACUGGGGCCGCCAUUGACUGGUUUAACGGUCAAGACUUCGUGAAUCCUCCUGUUGCAAAGUCACACACUGAUGAUCUUUAUUUCAUGUCUUUCGGCACCGUUCCACCCGAAAUUGAUAGUUUGACCAGCUGGUCGUACCGCAUCCGCGCCACAUUGCAACCCCUGACUUCAGGCUGCCACAUGAUAUCCUUAGCAUCAAUCGGACCGGCUGAUCUUUAUCUCGAUGGAGUCCGCAUUGUGGAACAGUCGGGGGCCUUUGAUGAGAAAGGUAGUCUGUUCUUUACCUACGGCAGCGAGGAGAAAAAGGUUUCUAUUGAUAUGAUUGCGGGACGGGAGUAUGAUAUUCGCAUCGACUAUCGAUCACACGAUCGUCAAACUCACCCUGAGCUCCGCGAUUUGAUGGAUCCGAUGGAGGAUCAGUUCCAAGGGACUCGACUCGGCUUCGAGGAGUUAGAUACAGUGGACCGACCCGCUGAGGCUGCACAGCUGGCAUCAGAAUGUGACGCGGCAAUUAUUGUGGUUGGACGUGACAAGGAAUGGGAGACAGAAGGUCAGGACAUCUUGAAUUUUGACUUGCCCGGCGAACAGGUGCGAUUGAUCCAUGAAGUGGCUGCCGUUUGCAAGCGCACGAUCGUGGUCGUACAAGCCGGAACUCCCAUAAGAAUGGACUCUUGGAUGGACGAUGUGCAGGGAAUACUGUAUACGUGGUAUCAAGGCCAGGAACUCGGCAAUGCUGCAGCUGCUGUUUUGUGUGGUCGAGUCAAUCCUUCAGGUCGACUGCCAGUGACGUUUCCGCGACGACUUGAGGACUGUCCUGCGUUCUCCUCGUUUCCGGGAGAGGAAAACGAGACCUACUACUCCGAGGGAAUGUUCGUCGGUUACAGGUGGUGGGACCUUCUAUCCAUUGAACCACUAUUCCCUCUGGGGUUCGGCCUCUCGUAUAACAAUUUUGAGGUUUCGCCUGGUUCUAUCAGCACAAAUUCUCUUGUGGAAGGUCCUCCCCUGAAGCUGACUGCCCAUGUCAGGAACACUGGAGGUAGUGACAUACCUGGUAGAGAGACGGUCAUCGCGUGGUUUUCUCAAUGCUCGCCUAGGCGGUUGACGAGGCCGAAGAAGCAGAUCUGCGGAUUUGCGAAGUCAGGUCCAUUGUCGCCAAAUGAAGAGGAGGAAGUUGAGAUCGAGAUCGAUUUCCAUGCUUUUGGUAUGUAUGACACGAAGUUGGGUGUUUGGGUUGUCGACGCAGAAGCCGAAUUCGAGAUCCUCGUAGGGACAACAGCAUCGAAUGCGAUGCCUUCUUGGCAACUGAAGGCUACUCGGGAGAUAAAGUGGAUUCGCUAG